AUGGUGCGCAGCGCCAACCAGUGGGGCAUACUUGCGGAGGCCUCGUGCGGUCGGGCGGACGCUCACCUCCUCUCUUGCGCGGCGCACUUCCGCUGCGCUUUCAGCAAGGCAAUCUUGAACAAGGGCACGCCCCGCGACGUGCUCGUGGCCAUCUUCCCUGAUCUGCCGCUCUUCGAGGUGAUCCACGCAGGCCUCGAGAAGACGUGCUCUGACAUUCGCCAGUUCGUGGACGCACAGGAUUUGGCUGCUCGCGCGCCGGACGAUGUGGUCGCCUGCGAGGAGGCUGCCAAGCAGAAGAGCUGGGACCGAGUGAUCGACGCCACUUCCGUGUAUGUUGGCUCUAACGCCCGCACGGACUCUGUGCCUGGCAAGGACUUGGCCAGGCUGUACCAACUGCGUUGCGAGGCCUUGUCGAAAGCCAACAUGCUGGGCGAGGCCCGCCACUCCGCCAGCAUCUUCCGCAGGGCAUUCCCGCAGCUGUCGCUGCCGCUGGUCUACGGCACCGCUGCCGGGAUCGUCUUCGAUUUCCGCGCUGGCACUCUCGACGCGGGCGACGCUCUGCAGCAGGUUCACGAUCUCGCAACGCGCCUUGGGCGCGAGGUCGGAGGCCGCGAGGUCCCCCGCCUGGUGGAGAUCUGGCUGCUGGCCGUCGGAGCUUCGUUCUUGGGCGAGGCAGGGCGCGAGGGGCUCUCGCCGCUGCUGCGGGAAGCCAUCGGCGGCUUCCUCGCGGUGCAGAUGAAAGGGCGGCCGUCAUGGCAGGCGAUCUGUGACCAGAAGCUACAAGUCAAAAGGGCGGGAGCCGCAGCUGCGGGGAUAGAGCUGGCGGAGGACGUUCUGAGGUUUUUCCGGACCGGGGCCAUGUGCGAGGCGGGGCCGCCCCAGGGCCUGCAGGAUGACCAGGAGCGCUACCAGGACUACCAGGAGAUCCAGAGGUGCUACCAGGAGGAGUGCAACACCUACGCCGACGGCGUGGUCAACAGCAUACACCUGAUGCUGGCUGCUCUGCCGCCUUCGCAGGUCGACGUCGAGGACGUGGGGAGCCUCGUUGCGGAGAGCGUCCUGGCGCAGGUGUCGCAGCAGCUCACGCGACCCACGCCGAUGCCGCGCGAGGUCGAGGUCCGUAUCCGUUCGAAUCUCUGUCCCGGGGACAUCGGACACUGGUUUCGUGGACGACUUGGCCGACGAGUGGGUGCGCGUGCUUGGCACUUCACUGCGAGGAUGCCAAUUGCAUGA